UGUGUGCUCGCUCCUCUCCAAGAGCACUUCUCCGAUGAAGGCAGGAUGGCGGGCGACUUUGAGCCUUGCGGUGUCGGCAAGUCUCAUGCUUACUGUUGGGUCGUCGUAUGCGAUAUCUGCAUGGAACUCGCAGCUCAAGGAAGUUUUAUCCCUUGAUCAAAGUCAAAUCACGACCGUCAACUCGUCGCUCUCGUUCGGUCUGUACCUGGCGUUUCUUCCCGGGAUCUUCUACGACUUGUACGGCGCGAGAGCUACGUCGGCUGUUGCUGGAGUCUUGAUGCCUCUGUUGUACCUCUCUGCGUGUGCACAGUCGUCGCCGCGGUUGUCCACGUCGGACUCCCCGUCAGUCGUGCUUCUCGCUAUCACGUUUGGGUUGAUCGGCCUCACGAGUCAGUUCGCAGGAAUUGCAUGUAUCACAGCAAAUGAAGGCAAUUUUGGCGCAGCGCAUCGAGGCAAGGUGCUGGGGUUCCUCUUCUCGUGCUUCAGUGCUGGCGGGGCGGUCUUCGCGUAUGUUUACCGCAUGUUCUUUGACGAGCGCGUCGCCGACUACUUCAUGUUCAUGGCGGCGUUGACGCUGGUCAUGUGUGCGCUGGGAGCUAUCUUCAUCCAUGCUGAUGACCUUGAACGUGCUCCCCAUACUCGCUAUGUCGCUCCGGAGUCGCAAUGCCUCCUGCCAUCGAAGGAACAGCAGACCCACCACGUCAACAGCUCGGUCACCUCCAUCACCGGCUGGACCAUGCUCACAGACGGUCGGUUUUGGUGCCUGUUUGUUCCGACGAUGAUUGGCGUUGGAUCUGGCCUGCUUGUAAACACGAACCUGGCGUUCAUCGUGCAAGCUCGCGUUGGAUCUCCAGCACUGCUCCCGUCGCUUGUGUCACUCUUUUCGAUCUGCAACGUCGGCGGCCGCGUCGCUGUCGGCUGGAUCUCGGACUCAUACGUCGGGAUCCUUUCCCGUGGGCAUUUUCUGUCUGGUGGACUCGCCGUCAUGGCCGCGGCGCAUCUUAGCUUUUUGUGGGGGUCGGUCGCGUCGCUGUACGUGUCCGUGGCGGCAGCAGGCAUUGCGGAAGGAUGCCUCUUUCCGACAUACUCUGUCUUGACUCGUGAACUCUUUGGCGCGCCCCAUUUUGGCAAGAACUUUGGCUACAUGACGUUUGCCAACGCGAUUGGGUUUCCGCUCAUCCUCGGUCCUCUCGCGUCGAGCAUCUACCACAUGAGUGCGACCACCUCCCCAUCGUCCGGAGUCGAGAUCUGCCACGGUCCGUCAUGCUUCAACCCGACUUUUCUCGUCUGCGCAGCCCUCAACGUCGUCUCUCUGCUCGGAUCGAUUCAGCUACAUGCGUAGAGAGGCUGCGUUGCGAAUGCCGAUGGAAUGCAGACUCUGUUUCUUGUUUGAGAGAGAGAUAGAGAGACGCAUCGAAAAUGACGAUCGCUGCGGCUAGCCAUCGUCAAAGCGUGUUGGUCAGGAUCGUUG